AUGGACGAGGAUGAGGACAUGUACAAUGAAGCUACUAUUGCGGAAAGGAUAAUGAGGAUGCUUGCCUUGGAGAAUAAUAUGCAGAUGUAUAAGUUGGCCAUGUUUUGGCGUGUUAUGAUGUGUGUUCUCCUUGGGGUGAGCUAUGGUGCAAAUAUUACAGACUAUGUGGCUCGAAGGUCUGUAGAGGCAGGCAAGCUUUUAGACCCUAUUAAGGUGGUGGCCCAAAUUCUGAUGUACUCUUUUUUCAUUGGAAGUGCCCCCACAAAAUCAGAGAUUAAACUGGCUAACUCUUACUUCUAUGACAAAGCUAUGUGCUUGCUUGCAUGGAAACUCUUCCUACCUGAGGAAGAAGUGAACCUAAACCACCCAACUGCCAACCCUCUGAUUCCUAGGAAGGGACCACCCUUGAAGUGCAUGCCUCCAACACUGACAAUUGUGGCAGAGCAUGACUGGAUGCGAGACCGAGCCAUUGCUUAUUCAGAGGAGCUCCAGAAAGUUAAUGUGGAUGCGGUCCUUCUUGAUUACAAGGAUGUUGUGCAUGAGUUUGCUACCCUUGAUGUGCUCCUCAAGACACCACAGGCCCAAGCCUGUGCUGAGGACAUUGCCAUAUGGGUCAAGAAGUAUAUUUCACUCAGAGGCCAUGAGUUUUCUUAUUGACUAUGCUGACAAAAAGGGGAAUAAGAGAAUUCGUAGAAGGAAAGGAAUAU